GCUGCAGUCUGCAGCACAAACUUAGACGCACCGACCACUGAGCCCUCGCGCUUCUCUCGCGCGCGCACUCAGUCAGAUUUCCCUUGUCGUUUAAAGUGUAGCAGCUCAGAGGAGUUGCAGUUCAGAGUGGAAUCGCUGUGCAGGAUGAAGAAGCUCAAGGGGCAGCGCGUUUGCAUAGUUAUCUGAAGACGCGCAAGCGGCAUUUCAUGAAGUUGCGCACAACUUUGUUUUAACUGCACGCCAACGCACAGCAGCUGAAUUACUGUGUGGACUUUUCUGACCGGGAGCAGACAUGGCUACACUCAUUCAUUAUUUGGUUAUUUGUGUAGAAUUCCUCCUUUAUUUCAAACAAACAUUUUGUAUGGAGGUGGAUUUCCUCACACCAGUUCGUGUGGAUCCAAACGUGGACGAGAAGCAUCUGCAGAUGAGUGAAAGACAAGUUGUUUUUAGACUAAGUGCUUUCCAACAGGAUUUUUACCUACGACUCACACCGGAUUCUAGCUUCCUUGCAGCUGGUGCUUUGGCCCCGGAGAGUGGCUCCUCAGCAUCCAACGCCUCUACAGCGGCUGACCUCAGGGAGUGCUUCUACUCCGGCCAGGUCAACGCAGACCCAGAUUCCUUCGCUGCACUCAGCCUGUGUAAAGGCCUACACGGAGGCUUCUCUUAUAAAGGGAUGGAGUAUUUCAUCAGCAGGAGUGAAGACGCAACAGCCGCGUCUGGAAACCGAAACUAUUUGGACGGGACGCAUGUCAUUCGCCGCAGGGCACGCGCUGCGAGCUCAGACGGCAACUUCACCAGCAGGUGUGGAGUCGCACCUGAUCCCAGCUUCACUGUUCCCCUGGAGAAAUACAAGCACUUGAUUGAGCCGGAUAGAGAUGACUUUACUGAAACUGUGCUGAAAAGCUUAGGAAGGUCAAAACGAUUCGCCUCCAUCCCCAGAUUUGUCGAGGUGCUGGUCGUGGCUGAUGAAUCCAUGGCCAAAUUUCACGGGGAUGACCUGAAACAUUACCUCCUGACCCUGAUGUCAGUGGCCUCCCGACUGUACAAACACCCCAGCAUUUUAAACUCAAUCAACAUUGUGGUGGUUGGGUUCAUGGUGAUUAAUGAAGCCAACAAGGGCCCGAAGGUUUCCGGCAACGCAGCUCUGACUCUGCGGAACUUCUGCUCCUGGCAGAAGAAGUUGAACAAACACAAUGACAAGCACGCGGAAUACUGGGACACUGCCAUACUGUUCACCAAGCAGGAUCUUUGUGGUGCCACGACCUGUGACACGCUGGGGAUGGCUGACGUUGGGACCAUGUGUGACCCGAAGAGGAGCUGCUCUGUCAUCGAGGAUGACGGCCUGCCCUCAGCGUUCACAACUGCCCAUGAACUUGGACACGUCUUCAGCAUGCCCCACGACAAUACUAAGGCAUGUGAAGAGGUAUUUGGGAAACUAAAGGACAACCACAUGAUGUCUCCCACACUGAUUCAGAUCGACAGGAGCCGACCCUGGUCUGUGUGCAGCGCCGCCAUCAUUACAGAGUUCCUGGACAGAGGUCAUGGAGACUGUCUGUUGGACCAGCCUCAGAGGCAGCUGUCACUUCCUGACAACCUUCCGGGCUCCAGCUACAGCCUGCACCGUCAGUGUGAGCUGGCCUUUGGUGCCUCCUCCAAACCCUGCCCCUACAUGCAGCCCUGCUCCAAACUGUGGUGCACGGGAAAGGCCCGCGGACAACUGGUGUGUCAAACCAGACACUUUCCCUGGGCGGACGGCACCAGCUGUGGCAUUGGCAAGUUCUGCUACCAAGGAGUUUGCAGCGACAAGAAUGUGACCAUGCACAUCAAGGUGGACGGCCGCUGGGGGAAGUGGGGUGCAUUUGGAGACUGCUCUCGUACCUGUGGUGGUGGAGUUCAGCUGGCAAAGAGAGAGUGCAACAACCCUGUCCCUGAGAAUGGAGGCAAAUACUGUUACGGGGUCCGCAUCAAAUACCGCUCCUGUAACCUCAACCCCUGUCCUGAUACAGGAAAGAGUUUCCGGGAGGAGCAGUGUGAGGCAUUCAACGGCUUGAACCUAAACACCAACAGAUUGGGUUCCUCUGUGGUUUGGGUUCCUAAAUAUUCAGGCAUCUCUCCCAAGGACCAGUGCAAGCUCAUCUGCCGAGCCAAUGGAACUGGGUACUUCCAUUUCCACGCUCAGAAGGUCGUGGAUGGGACGCCCUGCUCUCCAGACACCUCAGCUGUAUGUGUUCAGGGAAAAUGCAUCAAGGCAGGCUGUGACAGCAAGCUGGACUCGGACAAGAAGUUCGACAAGUGCGGAGUGUGCGGUGGGGACAACAAAGGCUGCAAGAAAAUCUCAGGAUUGUUCACCAAACCUGUUCACGGCUACAACUUUGUGGUGAUGCUGCCAAUAGGAGCCUCCAACGUCGACAUCCGUCAGCGUGGCUAUCGUGGAAUAGUCAGUGAUGAAAACUACCUGGCAGUGAAGAACCAGUACGGAAAGUACCUCCUGAAUGGCGACUACGUGGUGUCGGCUGCAGAGCGCGACCUGCUGGUGAAGGGCAGCCUGCUGCGUUACAGCGGCACCUCCACAUCGGUGGAGAUUCUGCGAGCCACCAGGCCUCUGAAGGAGCCCCUCACUGUAGAAGUGCUCUCUGUGGGGAAGAUGACUCCGCCCAGGGUGCGCUACUCUUUCUACAUCACUAAGGAGAGCAAGGAGCAGAAAACUCUGCAGAAAGAGGAGAGAAGCCACAAAGCGCACAACAGCGUCUUGAUAGACAGCAACAAAGUAGAAGCUAAGAAGCAGGUGAUGGGCAAGAGGCCGGUCAGUCACUGGGUGACGGGAAACUGGGAUGUAUGCACGGUGACCUGUGGCAGCGGUUUACAGAAGAGGCUGGUGCAGUGCCAGAGUGCAGAGGGACGUCCUGCAGUGGACUGUGACAGUGCUGACAAGCCUGUUGCAGUGAGAAUGUGUGGGGAUCCAUGUCCCAUGUGGGAUGUGGGGACCUGGUCUCACUGCUCCAAGUCCUGUGGAAGGGGCUUUAAAAGGCGGCUGGUGCAGUGCAUGACAGAUAAUGGCUUGCAUCUACCCAGAGAGCACUGCUCUGGGAAGAGGAAGCCUCAGGAACUGGACCUCUGCAACCUCAAACCAUGUUAGAGAAGUGCAGACACAGGAAGUGGGCUUACCUUUUAAGGGCAGACAGAUGAUUUGAUAUGAACCUUAUACCAAAUCAGCAUGACAAUGAUUCAACGGCCGCAUUUGGUGCAAAUCCUCUCAACUUCAGUCUGUCUGCAGAAGCAUCUGCGCUACAGAAGGAGAGAACCUUCAGCUGCUCCUGUUUUGAAAAGACAGAGACCUGUUUACAUAAAAAUUGAGGACACGCUGUCUUGUAAAUUGAACCGUCAAACUGUGGUGGGUUUGACUUUCGGUUAGUCUACCUCUACCAGGAACAAAGACACACCAAACCUGUGCAAACUGUACAGACGCUACCAGAGAUGGAGAGACAUCGCUCGUUGAUAUCGGUCCAUGAAAAGGAUGAGAUGAGACUGGAUGAAAGCUUAUGAGACUUGCACUGUGCUUUUAUCAGGAGCAGGUAUCUGUGACUUGACAUUUCUACUCAUUCGGCUGACCACUCAGCUGACACGUGAAACACAGUACUGUAGCUGCCACAUUCUAGACCCGAAUCGGUCUGUUCCUCCUUUAUUGUUUAUCUUUUUGUCUUGAUUCAGUGCCAGUCGGUUCAUCUGCAAACAGCCAGACACCAUGAUAUCCUACGCACUUGAAACAACUGGAUCAAUAUCAAAUAAUUCCUGAAUUCUGUUGACCAAGCAAAACGAAAAGUAUUGUAUUAGCGUGGUAAGAGCUGAGAUGUUAACCUUGUGUAUACAGUGAAUCUAGUGUGUUUAUAGGGUGCAAUCAUAACACGUCUUUGUCUGUCAUGUGUAAAACAAACUGACGAAUGCUCAGAUGUUUGUUCAGUGUUGCCAAGGAGCUAUAACACCAGCAUGUGUGAGUCCCAGAACAUUUUGCUUUUUAUUUUGGUCCAGUUGAAAAGUCUAUUAAUGACCAGCUUUUUUAUAUAUAGGUUAGAUAUAUAAGGCUAAUAAGGUUAGAGCACCCACAGUGUACUGGGUCUUAUUUUUGCUCCAUUUUCUUUUUAACGGCAAAAGAGACGGAUCUUUGACCACAAUGUCUGUGUCUGUCAAAUAUGGCCCGAACAUAUACCGUAUAUUCAUAUAUACACAACACUUUCUGCAUGUGCAGCUGUCCUGCUGGAUAAAUCCAGUGUAGAUUUUAAAGGUCCAGUGUGUAAGACUUGGUGACAUCUAUUGGUGAGACUGCAGAAUGCACUCUCAAGACAUGAAAGGUGGCGAUCACUCUUUCAAAACUCGCUCUACUUCUCCCACUCUCCCUGCUGUUUGUGGUAUGGGUUCAUGUGGGAACACAAAACUCCUGCAGAAACAUGAGAGCACAUGAUGGUGGAUUCUGUAACACAACGCCCUCACCGACUCAGUUAGACACUUCUUCAAACACACUUAUUUGUAAUAUAUUCAAUAUCUGCCAACGACCCUCUAAAAUGUUACACACUGGACCUUAAAAAUGCUUUAAUUGUGAAAUAUCUGCAGUAGCAUAGAUGUUAGAUUUAUACAUUUUCAAAGGCAAACACUGUGAAACACAGAGCUGGAAAAGUAGCAGCUUCACAGCAGGUGCGCACAGGUGAACGUGAGUUGCAGCAGGUGAGCGAUACGGGUGUCACACACUUCACAUGCAUCACGUAGUCCAAGCUUCACCUUCCACAAAGAAUACGCACACUGAGAGCCUGAGGUGCACAGAAGCAGCAGCCACUGUACACUUCUGUCAAAACUUAAUCGCUGUUGAUGCGUCCUUGUCAAAAGUUAUCUGACAAAUCAGUGAAUCUGUCAACAGAAAAUGAACAACUGAUAAUCAGUCAUAUUUGUACUUGUACAAGCAAAACUGAUUCAAGCUUGUCAAAUAUUUUCUCUUAUGGUUGAUUGAAACAAUGGCGUCCUGUAUCCGAAGACAUUGUAUAUUCAUUAUUAAUAUCCCCAAAGUAAUCAAACCUAAACACUUUAUAUGGUCAGUAUGUUAUAUUUCAAACACAAAUAAUAGGUUCAUUGUUCUUUUCUUCCACAAUCAUUGUUCUAGAAAGCAAAGCAUCUCCUUAAAUGGAAGAGAGAGAGAAGACAAUGGCAGGACAAAACGCAAACAGAUGGAAACUCCCAAUUGAGGCAAUUAAACACUUCCAUAUACUGAAACCGGCACCCCACAAGAAAGAAGGGAAAUAUCUUAUGGUUGCUUCAAAACAUGCACAUCAUUGUAAAAUUGGCUUGACAGUAUUUCAAAGUGAAAACAGUUCUUGGUAAAAUGCCUGUUGGCUUGUGAUAUAUCCUCAGCAUACACAGGCUCCAUUCCUUGUGCUUCAUGGCAACGUCGACUCCUCUAUGCCUAAACAAACAAGAGCUUCAUGUAGUGGAUGAGUCAAAACUCAUACAUAAGUCAGUGAUAUGGGAGAAUUCACCAAGACUUGAACAACUUUGACAAAGGCCAAAUAGCUGUGGCCAGAUGACUGGAUCUGAGUUAGUAUUUGUCAGAUUUGUACCCAAAAAGUUCUGGAUUAGAACCUCACAAAUCUCUUAGUUGAAAGCUGAGAUCCUGAUGCAUGCAGAACUGAGAAAUUCCAGAUCCAAGUAUGAAACAGGCUUGUCUGUUUUCCAGACCCGAGUAAAAUGGAGUAAUAUUGAGAGAGACACAGCGAGGAGACCCAAACCUGAUCACUAUCACUUUCACAGAUUGCAAUUAACAAUGACAACAAAUGCUGAUUUUGAAUCCGCUUUGUGGCAUUAGAGACCACUUCACAACUGUUUGCCUUUGAACUAUAGUAACAUUUGCAUGCUAACGUGCAGUCACUCUGUGCUGUAUGAGAUAAGCCCCAACUCUCCUUGCUUCGGGCAUAUAAGGACAUCCAGUAUAUUCAUGGCCAGGUGUCCUCAGAUUAGCUCAGGUUGUACACAUGUUAAACGGUUAAUCCAGGAACCCAAACCAGACACAUUUGACCUUGGAAGCAUGGAAGCCAGUCAAUACUGGAGUAUGCAUGCACAGGUCCUGCAGAGUCCUUGCUUUAGUGGGUCAGUGCUGUCUUGGCAACAUGCAAGUAUAUUUGGCAGUGGUGGCUUUAAUGUUUUCGGCUCAUUAAGCAUACAUUGUGGUCGUGUUCAUACCUGGCAUUAACAUCCGUCCUGAGAGAUCUGAUCACAUGUGGACGGCAUUAAGUACAGCUUUUCACACCUGGCAUUCAAAUACUUCCUCGAUGUGUCUCCUGUGACCACAUGAGAUCAGAUCUGGCGCCCCCACCCAGUAUUCGAAUACACCCUGACGUCAUGUCUGUUGUGAGGACUGACCGAGGGAGAGAAGAGUCCAGAGGAGCUGAGAGAAUGAAAGCAUUACUCAUGCUAUUGUAACAUGAAAUAAGGUUUUAAUCAGACACGUGAUAAUCAGUAUUAACACUGUGGCAGUGGCUAUAAAACAACAUAUGGGUGCUGAUUAGUCUAAAAAGGGCUGAGACUGUAUUCAUGCAGCUUAGGAACGUGGUCACAUUCGUCCUUGAUUGGUCACACAGAAAUGUUAGUAGCACGUUUGACCGGGGUCUAUUUGUUGCCAAAAUCAUGCAUCAUGUCAACCUGUGUUUUGGGACCUUGUGUACAUGAUAUCCAAACCUUUUGAAAAGCAAUGACUUUGCAUGGUGACACGUCAAUUAUCUUUAGUGAACUGUGAAGUGAAAAAAAUACAAAAUGUACCACAUCGAACACACACACACACACACACACACACACAGUGAAGUUAAUGGCAGAAUUCACUCAAAAACAAUCAAUCAUCAAACAGAUAUUGCUGUACUUUCCAUGUUGUAACUACAGGAUGAAAAUUGGAUGGACAUUUGUUUUGAUGAGAUUGUUUUCAUUUCAGUUGUCCAACUGGUUGCCGUCUGGAAAUAUGUGCGGUUCAAUAGAAAAUGCUUCAGCAGUCUAAAUGUUGUGUGUAUAUAUAUAUAUAUAUUGGCUGAAGUCCAUCAGGCGAAUAACUUCUUGUACUCAAAGGUAAACAUGUCCUUAAACGUGAAGAGCCAAUUCUUUAACAGGAAACUCAUUGCAGUUUUUACAUCUUUUCAAUCUUCUGUUUUGCUUCCUAUUGACUAUCUUAAAGAUAGCUUUGUACUUUUUUUUGUCUUUUACAUCAUGUGCAGAUGUUUUUUUUUUAUCAGUUGUCUUUUGUAUUGUAUACUAUGUAUACAUCCAUCUAGCAAUAUAAAAUAAAGUAUAUAUGAGAUUAUAACCA